AUUUCAUUCUUUGCUAGAAAGAUGGCGUCCACAACAGGCAGCACGGCCGUUGAUACCACGGUUUCAGGACCACAGAGUGGAGGAAUAACUCAAAGAUUGCAGGAUUUUGGAACUUUUCUUUACAACUCUGAAGAGGGUAAAGUUCUUGGCCGCACUGCUAAAAGCUGGGGUGAAAUCACCAUUUUCUACAUUGUCUACUAUGGAUGCCUAGCUGGAUUUUUUGCGGGGAUGUUAGCAGUAUUUUACAAUAUGUUGGACUACAAUAAACCCAGGUUACAGGGCUCUGACUCUUUACUCAAACAGAGUCCAGGUUUGGCUUUUAGACCCCUGCCAAAUGUAGAAACAACAUUGAUCCGAUUCAACAAAGCAAGGGCUUCUACAUACACACCCUACGUGGACCAUAUAGAAAGUUUCCUGCAGUACUACGAAAAUGAAUACCAACAGACUGAGUCAGGCGUGUUGACAGAUUGUGAAUCAUUUACCGAGUUGAGACCGCUCGAGGACUGGGAUAAAGCCUGCAGAUUUGACAUUAGACUUCUCGGCGAAGACUGUGUAAAACAACAAUCUUUCGGUUAUGAAGACGGUCAGCCAUGCAUUCUUCUAAAGUUGAAUAGGAUCUUUGACUGGAUGCCAGAACCUUACAGUAACGACACAGUUCCAGAAGCAAUUGCUGAUUAUUGGGAAGAAUACUCGGUAGCUGUCAACUGUUACGGAGAGAAUCCAUCUGACAAAGACAAUAUUGGGGACAUCAUUUACUCCCCACCCUCUGGAUUCCACUUCAAAUAUUUCCCAUACAGAAACCAACAGGGAUACAGGUCACCCCUCGUAUUUGUGAGAUUUGACAACCCCAACCCCGCACAGCUUUAUAUGGUCACAUGCAAAGUGUAUGCUAAGAACAUCAAGCACGAUGCUAUGGAGAGAUCUGGAAUGGUCCACUUUGAGUUGAUGAUAGAUUAAUUGACAUUUAGCACAUAGAUUUAACUAGGAAAUGAAUUUCAAAUUUUUGAGGAAACAGGAAAAGCAAGGGUGAUUCUUUUACCUGUACAGCUAGCGUAGAUGAAUCAUCCUUGCUCUGUGAUUUCUACAUAUUCCGUAACCUCAAAAGAGUGUCGUAAUUGUCCAGUUUACAAAUGUUAUGUUUCCAUUUUCAUCACAAA